AUGCGCGGCGCCCGGGCGCGCGCGAGAACGAGAACGAGGCGGAGGCGGCGGCGGAAGCGGGAGCCCGCGCGGCCCUUCAGCGCCCUGCGCAGCUGGCCGAUGCUGCUGCUGCCGUCUAGCCCGCCACUCUUCCAACUACCGCCGCCGACCGCCGGCGCUCCGGCUCCUCCUUCCCCUUGUCCUCCUUCUUCUCCUCCUCUUCCUCCUCUUCCGUCCAGGCCGGUCCGGAGGCCUUCGCCCCACUCCUCCCCACGUCGCCUCAGCAGCGCCGCCGCGCGCCGGAACCCAGGGCUUCCCCGCGUCAGAACCUGCCAGCCUCCCCCUCGGCGCGCGUGCGCGGGCGUGCCCGAGCUCGAGCCAGCCCGGCCCCCUACCCUGCGCUGGAGCGCGAACCAGCCCCGCCCCGCUCCUAGUCUCUCCCCCACCCGGGCCUGGGCCCGAGCGCGAACUGGAGCGGGAACAGUCCCUCCUCCACCCCCAUCCCUUCUCCCCCACUCCUCCCCUCCGCACAAGCAAGCCGACCCCUCGCACUCCCCGCUCCCCAGCGCGGGCGCGAGCUCGAGCCGCACCCUAUCCCAGGCACGACUCCACUGCCAGCCGGCCACCCCCCUCCCCAGCGAUGCCCUUGAACCUUGUCUGGCCCACUCCUUCCUCCUUGGGAACACCACUGAGAAACCUCAUCCUAUAAAGUGGACGUUUGCAGGCUCCAGGAGCUGCGCCACGCACCGGCCCUGUCUAGGGCCCGGGUCUUGGUCCUGGGGGGAGAAAAGGGGGCGGCUCCCCAUGUACAUGCACGCCAUCCCUUGCAAAGGCUAA